CGGCACGGGCAGGUCCCCCUGCUGCCCGGUCCCAUUUGUUGCCGGGUCUGGUUCGGGGCGGCUGCGGCGCGCGGAGCUCCGGGGAGCCAGGCGGGCAAACGCGCAGCCACGACGGAGCAGCCGCGGGACUGGCCGCCCCGCGCCCCCUUCGCCGCGGUGCCCUUCCCCGGCGCGCUCACCCCCUUCUCGGGAUGGGAUUGUAGCGGCGGCGCGGACUCGGCGGGGAUCGCGGCGGAGGCGGCGGCGGCGGCGGCCGAGAGGGGCUCCAUGUUUUCCCCGGGCCAGGAGGAGCCCAGCGCCCCCAAUAAGGAGCCGGUGAAAUACGGGGAGCUGGUGGUACUGGGGUACAAUGGUGCUUUACCUAAUGGUGACAGAGGAAGGAGGAAAAGCAGAUUUGCUCUCUAUAAGCGGCUGAAGGCUAAUGGUGUUAAACCUAGCACAGUCCAUGUGAUAUCCACACCUCAGGCUUCCAAGGCUAUCAGCUGCAAAGGUCAACACAGCAUAUCCUACACUUUGUCGAGAAAUCAGACUGUGGUGGUUGAAUACACACAUGAUAAAGACACAGAUAUGUUUCAGGUGGGCAGAUCAACAGAAAGCCCUAUUGACUUCGUGGUCACAGACACCAUUUCUGGUGGUCAGAACAAUGAUGAAGCCCAGAUCACUCAAAGCACCAUAUCAAGGUUUGCUUGCAGGAUUGUGUGUGACAGAAAUGAACCUUAUACGGCGCGGAUAUUUGCAGCUGGCUUUGACUCUUCCAAAAACAUAUUUCUUGGAGAAAAAGCAGCAAAGUGGAAAAACCCUGAUGGCCACAUGGAUGGGCUCACUACAAAUGGUGUCCUGGUGAUGCAUCCCAGGGGGGGCUUCACUGAGGAGUCUCAGCCUGGGGUCUGGCGUGAGAUCUCUGUCUGUGGAGAUGUGUACACCUUGAGAGAAACCAGGUCAGCCCAGCAAAGGGGAAAGCUGGUGGAAAGUGAGACUAACGUCCUGCAGGAUGGCUCCCUCAUUGACCUGUGUGGAGCCACUCUUCUGUGGAGAACAGCAGACGGUCUUUUCCACACCCCGACUCAGAAACACAUCGAGGCUCUCCGGCAGGAGAUCAAUGCUGCUCGACCCCAGUGCCCUGUGGGGCUCAACACCCUGGUCUUCCCCAGCAUCAACAGGAAAGAAGUGGUAGAAGAGAAGCAGCCCUGGGCAUAUCUCAGCUGUGGCCAUGUGCACGGGUACCACAACUGGGGCCAUCGGAGCGACACAGAGGCCAACGAGAGGGAGUGUCCCAUGUGUAGGACUGUGGGCCCCUACGUACCUCUCUGGCUUGGCUGUGAGGCAGGAUUUUACGUAGAUGCAGGACCACCGACUCACGCUUUCACCCCCUGUGGACAUGUGUGCUCAGAAAAGUCUGCAAAAUAUUGGUCUCAGAUUCCUCUGCCUCAUGGAACUCACGCAUUUCAUGCUGCCUGCCCUUUCUGUGCCACACAGCUGGUUGGGGAGCAAAACUGCAUUAAAUUGAUUUUCCAAGGUCCAGUUGACUGAUGCCCUUGACAGCCAUCUACUAUUAACAAGUUACUGUGAAGAUUUUGCCACUAACUAGAAUUCUACCUUUUUGUAAUGCUGUUAUUAGGGAGAGGGUGGACUGAGACUGGGAAAAAAGGGGGGACACAGUGAUGAAACAUGGCAGGAGUUGAACAGAUAUGUUGCAUGCUCAAAACAGCAGCAUCGUCAUUGAAGUCUGCUUGAUUAAACCAUAAUAUCUGUGUAAUAAUUGGAUUUCAACUGCCAUGCUUUUAUUUUUAACCUUGGGCUUUUAACCAAGUUUUUUUUUCCUUUGUAAACUUGGACAAGAUUUUACAAUAUAGAAGAAAUUUAUUUGAAAGUCACUGUAAACGUGCAGCCCUCGGUGCUGUGUGGGAUGGUGUUACCCAAAACAUGUACGGUGUCUGGAGUGCCUGACGUGGCUAGGGUAGCGCUUUGCACAGGACUGGUGAACGGGAGACCUUAGGCAUAGGGGCUUGUUUCGAAAUCCGGGGCAUUUUUCUAAUUUAUUUUUCUGACUCUCUUAGAAGGACAAUAUUCAUAUAUUGUGGGAUUUUUUUUAACUUCAGUGGAAUUCACUUACAUAGUCACUCAUCAAAUACUUGGCAUUUCAAACAAAAAAUUUUUCCAUAAUUUCUUAGUAUGCCUUUUGUUACUUCUGCCUGAUGUGGUUUGUCCCUUACCUUCAUCUUAUAUGGCCAGGACUGUUUGAUUAAAAAACAGCAGCUCUUAAAAGUUCUUUAAUGGAGGGUGACUAUUACAGCAGUAGUCAUGGCCUAGGUACUAUAAUACCAACUUUAUCUGCAUAUUGAAUUAUUCAAGAUUUAAGAGUGAUUAAAAAUACACUUUUUAAAACCACUUGUUGGGGUUUUAUAGGGUUUCUUCUUCUUCUUCCUCCUUAAGAAAGCCAAAAUUCUAUGAGCCUAAAAGCAACAAAUCACAAUGAUACAGUCAUUUUUGUUCAGUCGCUUUCCACCAUCUGUCACCUUCCCUUGCUGUGAAAGGAGCCCUUUAAGUUUUGAAAAUGUUUGCAAAUCAAACUAAAUUUAAAUGUGAUCAUUAGAUAUACACAAAACCAAGUGGUACAUCUGCAGAGAUAAUUUGAAAUUUCUGAUUUUUGAGAGCAAAUGAGUGUUUACUGAGGAAUAAUUAAAUCAGAAUUUCAUAUGAGCUCCACCAUCCCUCUCUGUUAGUUUCAUUUCAUUUUGAUUAAUAAUUCUUGGAUGCUCAUUCUCUGUGCUUGGUACCAGAGUAUCACUGCUCCCAGAAUGCAGAGAAUCUGUAGCUAAUACAGGCCCCUGCUCGUGGAGCAAGCAUUCAUUUAAACUAACAUCCUCAUACAUGGACCAUCAAAGAUUUGAUUUACAUUUUCUAACCUUUGUAAAUAUAUGUAAUUUAUAUGAUUCUAAUGUACUAUAUUCAUACUUGAAUUGGUUUUUCCAUAUUUUGCCUAUUGGCAAAUAGUUUGCCUAUUUCCCGUCAUUCUAACCUAUUUGAAUACUCUUUUCCUUAAAGUGAUAAGAUUUAUUACUCUUAAUUGCUGCUGCUUAAUUUGACUUAAUAUUUUUAAAGUUCAGCCUGUCAGUUUUAAAAUAGCUUUAUUUUUCAACGGAGAUCAUUGUUGAGGAUGAGGUAUUUUUGUUUUGGGUUUUCUUUUGGUAAUUUUUAAGUGAUGUAAAAAUCCUACAGCAGUUUUCUUAUUAGUAGCUUCCUCUAUUCUGUAUAUCUUACUCUACCUGCAGACAGAAAAUGAAAGGAAAAGAUGAAAUUGCCUAGAAUAGUGUAUUAAGUGCCAUCUGAUCUAGCCAGAAUCUCUGAUGACUAGCUUUGUUGAUAGAGUUGUCUUUUCAGCCUAUGAGUCUAUGGGCUCUGAAGAAUGAUAAAGGAGGUACUUGUCCCUUUUCUUGUUUUAUAGCUAGAGAGUGGUUUGAGGGUUCUUGAUACUCCAGGAUCAUCUUGUAAGGUAAAUGGUCUUGUACCCAGAAAGGCUGAUUUUCACCUACCAAAAGAAACACAACUUUUUUUUCUACAAAAUUAUGCUUUGAUAUCAUAAUUUUCCACAUCAAGGACUAUUUAUAAAUCUAGUACUUCUGCAUGUGAUAUAUGCCCAAAAGUAAGGUUACCAUCUGAAGUUUCUGACUUUUACUAAACUCAAGUGCAAGUUGAAAUUUGGGCAGUAAAUUCCAAGCUCUUGGAAGGGGUGAGAGUGCCACCUGCUAUGGCUACACAUCUUUUCCUUUGGCUUCCAAAUGAGGUCCUCUCCCACCCUGUCUAAGGAACCUCAGAGAGGUGGCACAUCUGUAAAAGGAAACCACACUCACCUAAGCUACUCAUGUAAGAUUCCCUUAUAAUUUUGACUAUUGAGAUAUUUUUUUUGAAGACUUGAAAGCAACUUAGUUUGUGAAAAUAAAAAACUCCAGCUCACCAAAGUAGAGUAAUACAGUUGAGUAAAGGUCAUGUCUCCAAAGUCACUUCUUGCUUUUAUGUCUGGCUUUUAUGCCCCACUCAACCACUUGUACACAUAAGGAAUCCAAUUGUCCCGGUCUCAGCCUAACCGAGAUGCCUUUUUCAAAUAGGUU